UAUCUCAGAUACCGACUGACUGCUGUGUCCCCAAACUACAGAGGGAACGGAGCGCUCCGACUCCAAAGCUACAGUCAGGAAUAAUGAGACGACUUGGGAACGUUGGUCUUAUUCCACAGCUCGCCUCCUAAAAAGACUGACAGUCGGGGCAGCUCCUGGAUCUUCCGACGGCUGACUCAGUGCCUCGGUGCUGUCACACUGCUGCCUGGCUGUGGCAGGUUGGUUCCUCCGUCAGUGGAUGAACAUAUCCAUCUUCACACCUCAGGGUCCUCUUCGGCAGCCCAUCUCCCCGGCCGCCAAUUCUGCUGAAUCUAAUAAGGGCGUUUGAGGGCUGCACCCAGUCUGUGUAUGGCUCCACCGGGGAAUAGAUCUGUGGGCCUGAAAUCGAUGCCUGAUCAUUAGCACAUCUACUGUAAGGCUGUUAUCAUUAUCAGGUGGAGGAGACUCCCAGGAGAACAAUCACGGCACGUUUCAGUCUCCUUGGCUGCUGCCUCAGGAUCUACAGAAAAUAUCUGGGUCAGGGACCACAGGUGGGGUCACAGGGUCACUGAUGUUGGCCUGUGACAACUUCCAGUCUUCAUGGACGAGGGUUCAGAUCCAAGAUGAUUGGAAAUCACAGCCUUUCCUGUUUCCAAACAACAAGGGUGUCGUCAUUCUGCCAAUGGCCACCAGGGCAGCGCUGUCAGCUCCAAGCUGGCCGUGAUACAGCUCCUCCUGCUCCUCCUUCCUCCUGUCCUUGUGUAUGUGCGUGCGCGCGUGUGCGCGCGGGAUCUUCUUUCUCCCACCGAACAUCUUCGCUCCGACGUGAACAGUUUCAGUGAAGACGAGCACUUUUUUUUCUUUUGCGCUUCCCCAAACAUCACCAACAACAUCAACAACAACAACAGGCGGAUAAGACGGGAGUUUCUUUGACUUCUAGCUACGAGACACACAGAGAGAGAGAGGAGUUCGUCUCUCCUUCAUCACCCCUCUUUCUGCUCCUCUUUUUUUUACCCCACUCUGUCAUCAACCAUGGGGACUCGGGCUACCUCCCGUCCAGCGGGACCGCACUUGUUUCUGGGGUUGGGGCUGAUGAUAGCCGCUCUCACCCUGCAACAUGCCCAGGCUGAGAUAACGUGUGGCCGGUGCCCGUCGCCUGUGAAACUUCGCCUGCAAAAAUUGGAGAAGGAGACGCGCGCUACAGAGCCAGACACGCGGGUGGAGUUUAUCGGUGCGUCUGUGGAGGAUGCUGUCAGCUCGGAUGAAGAUGGAACUAAAGCCGAGGGGGAGUCUGUGGGUGAGAAAGAGGACGCGGAGCUGAGGAGGACGAGAAGGAGCGCUUCGCUGGAGUUUGGCGAGUUGGGCAAGUGGAGCGGGCGCGGGCUUGCGCUUGACUCCGGGGACGCUUUGGAGGGGCACGAGCGAGUUUCGAUGUUGGACGGACAGAAACAGAGGCCAGUGCCUGGCUGGAGCAGCAGGGACCCGGGCAGGGGCAGAGGGAACCCCCGGCAGGACGAGCCCCGGCUCAGCAGCAGCAGCACCUUCGCUCUAACUGGAGACUCUGCGCACAACCACGCAGUGGUUUACUGGGCAGGACAGAACAGCAGCGUGAUCCUGAUCCUGACCAAGCUGUAUGACUUCCACAUUGGCAGUGUCACUGAGAGUACACUCUGGAGGUCCACUGACUACGGCUCCACAUAUGAGCGAAUGAAUGACAAAGUUGGAUCGAAGACUGUCCUGAGUUACCUGUAUGUCUGUCCAACGAACAAGCGAAAGAUUAUGGUGCUGACAGACCCGGAGUUUGAGAGCAGCCUGCUCAUCAGCUCAGACGAAGGAGCCAGUUUCCAGAAGUACCGGCUGACUUUCUACGUGGUCAGCCUGUUGUUCCACCACACCGAGGAGGACUGGGCCUUGGCCUACAGUCACGACCAGAAGCUUUACAGCUCAAUGGACUUCGGGAGGAAAUGGCAGCUCGUCCAUGAACAUGUGACGCCGAACAGAUUCUACUGGUCUGUGUCAGGCCGAGAUAAGGAGCCAGAUCUGGUCCACAUGGAGGCUCACACACCAGAUGGAAAUGUGCAGUACAUCACAUGCAGAGCUCAGAUGUGCACAGAAGCCAACAGGAACCACCCUUUCCCUGGAUACAUCGACAUCAGUUCUCUAGUGGUUCAGGACGACUACAUAUUCAUACAGGUCCCUACUUCGGUCAGAGCCACCUACUACGUUUCCUACAAGAGAGAAUCCUUCAUACAAAUUAAGUUGCCCAAGUAUUCUCUGCCAAAGGACCUCCACAUUGUGAGUACCGAUGGGAAGCAGGUCUUUGCAGCAGUGCAGGAGUGGAACCAGAACGACACCUACAACCUGUAUUUGUCCGACACCAGGGGCAUCUACUUCACACUGGCCAUGGAAAAUGUCAAAACCACCAGGGGCAUCGGAGGGAACCAGAUGCUUGACCUGUACGAGGUGGCGGGAAUCAAAGGCAUGCUGAUCGCUAACAAGAGGCAGGACAACCAAGUCAAGACAUACAUCACGUACAACAAGGGCCGGGACUGGAGGCUGCUGCAGGCUCCCUCCACUGACCUGGAUGGGAAUGACAUCCACUGCAUCCUGCCCUUCUGUUCACUCCACCUUCAGCUCCAAACCUCAGAGAAUCCGUACCUUUCUGGAACCAUUUCCACCAAGAACUCAGCACCGGGGAUCAUUGUUGCCACAGGAAAUAUUGGAUCUGAACUCUCUUACAACAAUGUGGGCAUGUUUGUGACGUCUGAUGCCGGCAACAGCUGGAGACAGAUUUUUGAAGAGGAACACAAUGUGUGGUUUCUGGACAAAGGUGGCGCUCUCGUGGCCGUGAAACAGCCGUCAGUCCCAACCAAGAACCUGUGGGUAACCUUUGAUGAGGGACGACAGUGGACCCAACACAGCUUCUCUUCUGUGCCUUUGUUCGUGGAUGGAGUUCUGGUGGAGGCUGGAGCUGAGAACCAGAUCAUGACCUUCUUCGGUCACUUCAGCCACCGCUCUGAGUGGCAGCUCAUCAAGAUCGACUACAAAUCGCUCUUCAGUCGAAGGUGUUUGGAGGAGGACUAUCAAACCUGGCACCUGCACAACCAGGGGGAGCCGUGCGUGAUGGGUCAAAAACAGAUUUACAUGAAGCGCCGGCCUGGGAACCACUGCAUGCUGGGAAAAGACUACUCCAGAAUCCUGUCGGCUGAGUCCUGUAUUUGCCGCGCUCAUGACUUUGAAUGUGACUAUGGAUAUGAAAGACGAGGAGAGGGGAACUGUCGGCCGUCCUUCUGGUUCAAUCCCUCUACUGUGUCCCGGAGCUGCAGCCAGGGGCAGAACUACUUCAACAGCACUGGGUAUCGUAAAGUGGUGCUGAACAACUGCACCAAAGGAGUAAAAGAAAUGUACACCGCCAGGAAGCAGCAGUGUCCCAACAGAGCUCCCAGAGGGCUCUCAGUGACGACCAAAGACGGCAAACUCACCACCAAACUUGGCAACAACAUCACCUUUCUGGUAAACCUGGAGGAGGGAGACUCUCUGCGAACCAACAUCCAGCUGGACUUUGGCGAUGGCACCGCGGUGUCGUAUUCCAACUUGAGCUGGACGGAGGAGGGAAUCAAACACAUUUACAAAUCUGCUGGAAUAUUCCGAGUCACAGCGCUGGCAGAGAACACACUGGGCUACGACAGCACCCUCCACGUCACAUGUCCUGUGGAGCAUGUUCAGCUCCUGGCUCCCUUUGUGGUCAUAAGGAACAAGGAGGUGAACAUCACAGCGAUGGUUCUGCCCACUCACCCACGGACCGUCACCUAUUUCUGGUGGUUAGGAAACAGCAGUGAGCCGAUGAUAACGCUGGACGGAAGCAUCUCGUACACCUUCACUAAUGAAGGCAUGCACACCGUCACUGUGCAGGUGUCUGCAGGAAGCGUCAUUCUGCAGGACACCAAGAGCAUCGCCGUGAAAGAAUUCUUCAAAUCUCUGCUUUUAUCUUUCUCUCCUAAUCUGGACGAGUUCAACCCCGACAUACCCGAGUGGCGGCAGGACGUUGGCAGAGUAAUAAGGAAGGCUGUGCUGCAAGUGUGUGACUUCCCAGAGGACCAGCUCCUGGUGGCUGUGUUUCCAGGAGUUCCCACGGCUGCUGAACUCUUCCUGUUACCGCACAAGAACCAAUCAGAGGGCAAGAAAAGGAGAGAGGAGGAACUGGAGCAGGCGUCUGAUGUCAUCGUCAAUGCACUCAACCAAAACCUGGUGGAGUUUGAGCUCAAACCUGGAGCCAGGGUGAUUGUGUACAACACACAGUUAACACUGGCUCCUCUGGUCGACUCCAGCCCCAGACACAACAGCUCGGCGAUGCUCAUGCUCCUCUCCGUCGUCUUCCUGGGCCUGGCCGUGUUCCUCAUCUACAAAUUCAAAAGAAAAAUUCCUUGGAUCAACAUUUACGCUGAGGUGAACCAGGAGAAGGAGCAGGAGAUGAUUGGCUCAGUGGGCCAGACCGACAGCACGCCUAAAAUCACUCUGAGUGAGUUCCCCACAUCCAAGGAACUCAUGGAGAAGGAGAUGGACGCCAGGGUGAAGAGAGGAGUCGGCAACGCUUGCGAAAGCACACGGGAGAUUCCAAACUGUACUAGUGUCUAAAGGUGGAGGGAGGUGGAAGCCAGUGUACAGAGACCAGUCAUGUGGUAUCAAGGGGAUUUUCUCUCCCUCUUCACCCCCCCCCCUCUUCUCUCUUUAUGUCGUUUCUCUCUGGUUCUGUUUUUUGUUUCUUUUUCAGCCUCUCUCCCUAUCUCCCUUCCUCUCUCACUCCACCCUCUCUUUCUGUUUUGUAAUUACACACAGCAGAUGUUAAUAGUUUUUCUAAAGGACCUCAUUUCUACAGACGUGCAUGGAUGUGUGCCACUGCGGCAUCCGCGCAGCCAAUGUCAAACUUACUUGGAAAGAUUAUAGUAACUACUGGGUUUUGUGGGCGUGACCUCACGGUACAUAGUUCUUUGGAACCUUGACUUGGAGACUGAGGAAGACCCUUCUGUAAAUGUCCCUUCAGAGUUUGUUUCGAGAAUCAUUUCUGCCUCUAUAUAGACUUUAACGUCUCCAGUCACACAGGGAAUAUUAUUGACAUGUACAAUAUUAUCAUCAGUUCUGUUUCCGUGUAUAUACUCUUACUUUCCACAUGCUCACAGUCAGAGAGCCAUGGCAGUGAUGGAGGAUGCUGCGACGGACCGUCGGGGGAGGGGAGGGUGAAAGGACUGAGCAUUACUUUAAGAAAUCGACUUUGUUUUGCUAAGGUCUUUGACUUGUGCAUGUUCUGACUGAGGACACAGUCUCUGUGUUGUAGAUAGGCAAAUGUUGUGUAAAUAGUUCUUUUCUAAUUGUCGGUCCAAAGAGCCCCGUGUGCUCUGCUUCCGCUUCUGUUUUUGGUUUACUGCCAGGUGAUGUGUGUACAGUAGAGGGCGCUCAUGAGCAGGUCUGUGUUGGUAUGUGACACAUUAAUCUUUCCUCCAUUUGGGUGGAAAGCAAAUAAAUGGCGUCAACACAAACCGGUGAUGUUAAAUAUGUUUAUAUUUACACCAGGCUUCUUCAGUAGAGUUUAGACUUAUUUAAACAAUCAAUUUCAAAGAUAAAAUGAUAUUGUUUCCCCACAGCAUUGCUGUAUAAAGUGUGAGUCUGCAGAUUUAAAUCUUAAUGAUGAAUGGUUAUUGAGAUACAGACUGGGGUUUAAACCAGGAUGAGCCCUAAAAACAUGACUGUCAAUGGAGAACUAAAGGAAGACAUCUGAUUUUAUUUGUGUUAAAAAUGUCACAUCAUGCUACUUUUUAAUUUUAAAUAUUGUCAGCGGUUCUGAGUCAUGGUGUUCAAGUACUGGUUCGUGGUCUCGUUAAUCGAUGACAUUUAACGCUAACCUGUGCUCUUCAUUGGAGGCUGUAGAACUGGCCUCGGAGCAAAAGGUAAAAACCGAAAGAAUGAACUCAACUGUGGCUACCAGUGACCCGUCAUGUCGUUAAAGUGAAACAAGUAACAAGGCCCAUCAUGCAUCAGUCUGUAUGUGAAGUCUGACUGUGUUCAGAACACUAGGCGUUUUACUUUAUAUGUGUAUUUUUAUUUUUUUUGAUAUCAGUGAUUCUCAGACCUCAGUUCAACAAACAACGCAGAAAAACGAAAGAAAGAAAGUAUGACUAGGGGCUCCAGAAACUUCAGUGGGUCACAUACCAUAGUUUGAGAAUCACUGUUUUAUACAUGUUGUGUGUAUAUUUAUACUUUCAUAUGCACUUUUAUAGCCUAAAAACACCCGGUACAGUACAACAUUUCACUGAUGGUCUAAUGUUGCCAUUAAAGUGCUGUGAUCGUACAAUGAGGCCUCACUAAUGGACUUUGCACGCAAUGUGUGGGGGUUUUAAGGUCAAGCCGGGCACUACAAUUUGUACGAAUUAUGUCCGUUAGAUCCAGAGUCCAUUGGUUCCGAGAGCAAUUUGAGGUUUUAGUGUACAUACUGUAUAUGCACAUAUAUACAUACAUGUACAUAUAAACUAUAUGUACAUGAAUAUAAAGGUCAUAUAUUACACAGAUAAAUGGAUGUAUUAUUAUGUUUUUCAACACACUUUGACAGCUUUAUUUGUCAUUGUCCAUCCUUUAACCCCUGCACACACACAUACACUCAUACUCAAAUUAUGAGGGUGUAAAAUGGGCUUACAUUAGGCUUUCAUUUAUUUAUUUAUUUUAAUUUGACUUCUCAUUUUUUAGUGUCUCCAUUUGGUGUUGUUUGGAGCCUAGAUAAGAAAUAAAACAUGGCAGCCAACCAAAAGUGAGGCCACAUUUUGUCCACUUUUCAAUUAAAUCCACUCAAAUUAUCUCAAAUCUAUUCCUGAUGAUAUUUAUUUUUUUCAUAUUGUUGUGGUUUUGUUUUAACAUUUGAUCAAAUCCUCAUCACUGUUGCCCCCCCCCCCCCUUCUGCUUCGGUUUUCACACUAAGAAACUGUUUUAUCCAGACCACAAUAUUGUCUUCAGAGCGACUGGAACAGUUUAUGCAAAUGUAUCACAGUGUACAAAGAGAACAGAUGCCAAACAACUGAGAUGGGAUUAUAUCAUCAGCCCACUCUCCCUAAUGCCAUUAGGCUACUUCCACAACUCGCUUCACUCAUUAGCAUUUAAUUUGGAAUGAAAGCACAAGCGUUCUCCCAGCAUGCAGCUCUCCACCCGUGCUGUGUUCUCCAGCAUUCGUAAGGUGAAAAUGACCUCAAGCUGACUGCCAUCAGCCUCUCUGUUAAAACCACAGUUAUCAGUAGACAGGCUGGACACAGUGGAUGUCCCACAAUGUUUCUGAUCCAGUGUCGAAAUUGAACGGCAUUUUUAAGAGAGAAGCCAGGAAAUCUAGAGUGGUGGUGAGUCUAGAGAGGGGCGCAGCAGAGGCUGCCAUAUCACAUAUGCCAUUAGACCACAAAGAGCGCUCUCAUCUGAAAACAAACACUGUGCUGACAGAAGCAGCUCUCGCAAAACAAAGUGUUGUGUUUUGCAUCUUUGUUGUAUUCAACGCAUGUCAUCAGCAGAGGCUCGUCUGCUUGGCUGGAUUCUGUUUGGAUAUUGGGCUUUGAUGGUGUCACUUUGUUCUGGUUCCUAAUAACAGAACAGCAAACCCAGAACAGUUAGAGUGUGCAUACAGAAAAGUUAGACAGUUUUCUUCUUUUCUCUUUUUUAGUGCUCAAAAGUAGCUGAGAACAUAUGGUGACGCUGGUUUCUAACCUGGGUCGAAUAUCCUGGCCCACUUUUAAGAGUAUCAGGCUGGAGGAUUGCUGCUUUGAAUCCCAGGCUGACUGUGGAGUGUUGAGCGAGCACCAGAAAUCCCCACGUUAGGCUGAGAUGCUGCUUAUCUCAGAUAUAGGGAUACAUUUUUUUUUGUUUAUAUGUAAAUGCACAAUGACAAAUAAAGCUGAUAGUGACUGGAAACCUAUGAGCUCUCUGACAUUCAAAAGAAAUGGAGGAGCAAACAGAGUCUACCGGUUCUUUUAUUCUGCAUUGAAACCAUUCGUACAAAUUUGACCAAACGUCGAAGUCAGGGGUUUUGUGCAGUCUUUAUGCAUAAACACAUUCAAAUUCUAAACCAUAAAAUGAAUUAUUUUCUAUCUGGUUCAUUUCAGAUCUGCUUUAUUUCCCUGUUGUUCAUUAUCUCACCACUAUGAUCACUGGGAGUCACAGUUUUUCGAUCUAUAUAUCUGUGAUGGUUCAUUACUCUACAGUUCCAGUAAAUGGAAAACUACGUAAAAGAUUGUUGUGUUUUUGAUAUCAUCUGAAAGCAAAAGCAUUGUAAUGUUCUUUGGUGCACACAAAAAAUCUACAAUGCAUGCAUGAUCCGUAAUGUUCUAUUUCAUCUCUUAUUUCAAUAUUUCUACAGUAAAAAACUGUCAUUUUGAAAUUGUUUUGAAUAAAUGUAUUUUUGUACAUCAAAAGGUCUUUUUUUACAACUAAAAAGAGUGUUUCAGUUUUUGGGGCAAAAACAAGUACAUUUUUGGUAUUUGAUUCUCAAUUUUAAAUAUCUGUGCAGUCUAUCGAAUUUAAAUUGGUGUUCAAAUCUAUACAAUUUCCCACAUUUUCAUGUGACCUUGAACUUCACAUACACAGUCCCGCAGGAAAUCGUCGAUGGCCAAUGAAUGUCAACGUAAACGUACCGUUCUGACCAAACAAUUGUUGGACAUGACGCGGGCACCUGAGAAAAGAGGCAAUAAUUACAAUUCAAACGAUAUUUUUCAAUAUUACAUUUCCAUGUAGUUAAUAUAAUUUGUUUAAAACACCUAAAAGUCGUAUAUUGAGCGCGUACAGUGUACUGGACUGGCAGUAUUUGAACAUACGGUUAGCAUGUUAGCAUGGGUAGAGCACAUGCUAAUAUGUGGUGUUUUUAAACUACGUGAUUUAAACGGAGAAGGGUGUCCGGAGAAUUAAAUGGAACGUGUUUGGAGUUGGACGUUUUCUAAGAGUUUGUCAAAAAUGAGAGGCUGAAUACUGCUGGAUACGGCCACAGAUGUUGUCAAGUCUUCAUAGACGCGUGUUUUCUUCUGGAUCAGUGAGGACGCCAUCAUCGUGCUCACGGCUUCACAACAGGAGCUCCAUCCAGAUGUGAGCAGCUCCGUCUGUGUGCGUGGACUGGAGGUGCACAAGAGCACCGGCACAGUAGAUACGUGACCAGUCUGUCAGCAUCAAGAAAUCAACAACAGGUCAAGUGACACAGUGUCAGUGAUUGGAACUGGACUGAAGUGGCCAAGAGGCCAACAAAGCCACAGUGUGCCUGAACCAUCAGGCUGCUUUGAAGUGUGUUCUGGUCGUAUCCCGGCAGCAGGAGAGAGUUUUUCUCCAUCUGCUAACACAACGUUCAGAUGUAUUCCUCGACUGCGCCAUCUCACCAACAUCCUUCAAUAAUGUAUCGGUCAGUUCUUGGUCCAUGUUCCUUUUUCUGCUUGGUGUACAGCAGCCUUGAUAACUGGGUUCCUGUAGAACAGAAUCUUCUAUGGCUACAGAGCAAAUCUCCAAG